AUGGGAAAGCGAAAUAAGCAUCAUUCCAAAUCUAGCAAGAAAGAGAAGCUAGUAACUUCUCAUGAAAGAAAACACUAUUUAUUAAAGCUAAAUAUCGAGAAAAAUAGCAAUUCACGAUUGUCCUUGUCGGAUUAUUUUUCUGAUGACAUUAAAAUUCAGGACCUGAUUCCUGAACAGAUUUCACCUUUUCUCAAAGAAUUUCUUGUUUCGAUUUCAUAUAUUUCUCAGGAUUUUAUCCAGUACUUCAGUCAAUUUAAAUUGAAAGUCUUGACGUUGAAAUCUGACAUUGUGCUGAGUCAGGAUCAUAAUCAAAAUAUGGCGACACUCGAAUAUUCUGUUUUUCCGCAUAGAAAUUCUCCCUUUGACCAAUUUUGAUUAUGAGAUUGCUUCACCUAGUGAAUUUAUCCUGGCAAUGAUGGUGCGUUAUGCACAAGGGCGCGUGACCUCGGCAAUCAUCCCCGAGGGACAUAGAAUUCCUGAAAGUGUGCCAACAACCCUAGACAGUUGAUACUGGGACCUUUAGCUUGCCCAAACGGGUACGAGUUGGUAUGCCCGAGAGCCAAUAGGACUGCCGUCAAAGCCGAGGGACCAUUCAGAUUAAUGGAUGACGCUUGGUUGGCUGAGGACCCCGAAGCAGGGACGGAAGCCCAUCUAGGUGAUGUGGUAUUGGACAUUAAACGUUGUAAGACCCUUGAUUAAUUUAAUGUGUGUAUGCAUGCACUCAGGAUCAGAUGAUUGAUGUUGAUAUUAGCUUAAGAAAUGAACUGAUUCAAAAAGUUACUGAACUCUUAGCUCUAGGACUCGCUGAAGACAUGCAUCUUUAUUUAUGCAAACUCUUUGCGGCCUUUAUGGAAUCCCUUCAUAAGCAGCUAAAGCUUUUGAACGGAAAGAAUUAUAUGCAGAGAAUUAUUGGACUAUAUAAAUCUUAUCAGACCAUUGAAAUUUUGGCAACAGAAAUAGGACUGAUUACGAAAAGCUUGCAUUACUAUACAAGUUUUUCAUAUGAAAAUAUCCUAAAAUCACUAUUUUAUAUUAUAUUUUUUUAAAUCGAAUAUUAUUUAUCUAUUUUUUAUAUUAAAUAUAUAAAAAUUCAGAUAAAAUAGGAUAAAUGUUUUGUGUUUUACGAAAAUCUGAUAAGCCAUUGCAAAAAAGAGGACUCUCACAAUACAAUUCUCAAAACAGUUAACAAACUUGAAAAAGAGCUCAGUGACCUUGCAGAAAAAACCAAGCCACUGCAAAUUUUUGACAUUUUUUGCUGCUCAAACCCAGCAGAAGGAUUCAAAAAUUUACUAUCUGAUUCUAUGACUAAAAAUAAUUCUGGUGUGCUUUGCCAUAUUAAUGGUGAAGCCCAUGAAAGAAGAAAUAGACCAAGAAAAUCGAGGAUUUCUACUGCAGAAACAUCGAUGUCUCCCAAGUCAAAGAUUAGCAUUUCUUCUGACCUGGAUAAUGAAAUUGAAGAGUUCAAGCACAGGCUUGAAGCUCUGAAACCAGCUAUGAUAAGAGUAAAACCGAAAGUGAAUAAAGAGUUUUUAAUCCGCCUUCAACUGCAGAUUAAAACAAUAAGCUCAUAA